CGGCGUCCCGGAACCGCCUCCGAGGCCCGGGGAAGGCCGCCCAGCAGUGCGCCCCCCGACCUUCCCCGUCCGGGCGGCCCGCCAAACUUUGGAGGAAGAGGGGGCGAAACGGAGCGUGGGAGAGGGAGUUCCCGGCCCAGGGAAAACUCCACGCGGGCGCCCGCAGCCCCCAGACCCACCCCGCACCCAGAUUCAGGUUGCCAGGUACUCAGCUCAUCAUCAUGCAAGCCAGCGACACAGCGCGCCCUCGCCGCAAGCACACGCCACAUGGACCCGGCACACGCCGCAGACCGAAAUGUACAAUUCUGGGGGCGCCAGGGUUUGGAUGUUUAGACCAAGCACGACCUCCUGCCCUCAGAUACAUCCACGGUCUUUGUCUGUAGCACCCCCGCUCCCCAGUAUGGAGCCCCCAAAGCGUGAUGGGCCAGGGAAGAGCUGUCUUGUCUUUGAAAGUUGUGGCCGGCACCCCGAGGCUAGAAGUGGGGUCGGGGAAGCAGACACUGCAUUUGGAUCUUGAGGUUCAGCAGGAGCCAGUCUGGUGUGGAAAGUCGGUGUCUUGGUGAUGUGUCUGGGUCUGCGCAGCCCUUCCGGAGGCGAGGCCCGAAGAGAGGAGGGAGUGAUUCAUAAAACUCAGACCCGGCGUGCUGGGCUCUGAGCAGAGUGGAAAAAGCAGCAGGCCGAUGCGAUGCGGCGGCGGGGGACAGCUGGGUGGUGGCAGUGACAGGGCUUGAUUGGAAAAAAACCACCAACCCACCUCCACCCCCACCCCAGCGGAUGUGCUUCCUCAGAGGGACUUCCAGGAGGACCAGCAGAGGAGAUUCCAACCUGGAUAUGUGAGGCACACGUUCCCCGGUGACUGCUUCUGUCUUGGCUGGGACUGAGCGCAUGCCCGUAAGGAAGUCACGGAGGGGUCUGUCCCUGGAGAGGAGGCUGGCGCCCUGCAAUGACAAGGGUGUCCCCCACCUGAAGACAGCAAGCCAAGUCCUGAGCGAUGCUCCUGAGCUGAGUGCCCACGGCCCCACCCUUCCCCAUGGAGAAAGGACCCACUCUCCCGAGUGACUGCCGGGACUUUCUGCACAGCCUGAGGAUGAAGAGCAAAUAUGCCCUCUUCCUGGCUUUCGUGGUGGUGGUUUUUGUCUUCAUUGAAAAGGAAAAUAAAAUCAUAUCAAGGGUGUCAGACAAGCUGAAGCAGAUCCCACAACCCCUGGCAGAUGCCAACGACACCGACCCAGCCCUGAUCUUGGCCGACAAUGCGUCCCUUCUAUCCCUGAGCGAGCUCGAUUCAGCCUUCACCCAGCUGCAGGGCCGCCUGCGCAACCUCAGUCUGCAGCUGGGUGUGGAGCCGGCGGCAGAGGCCGCGGCCGAGGCCCGGGUGGAGGCGGUGGGGACACCCCAGCUCCCCGAGGCCCGGCCGCGGCGCCACGUGCUCCUCAUGGCCACCACCCGCACAGGCUCCUCGUUCGUGGGCGAGUUCUUCAACCAGCAGGGCAACAUCUUCUACCUCUUCGAGCCGCUGUGGCACAUCGAGCGCACCGUGUCCUUCGAGUCGGGCGGCGCCAACGCGGCAGGCUCGGCCCUCGUCUACCGCGACGUGCUCAAGCAGCUCUUCCUGUGCGACCUGUACGUGCUGGAGCACUUCAUCAGCCCCCUGCCCGAGGACCACCUGACCCAGUUCAUGUUCCGCCGCGGCUCCAGCCGCUCCCUGUGCGAGGAGCCCGUGUGCACGCCCUUCGUCAAGAAGGUCUUCGAGAAGUACCACUGCAGGAACCGCCGCUGCGGGCCGCUCAACGUGACGCUGGCCGCCGAGGCCUGCCGCCGCAAGGAGCACAUGGCCCUCAAGGCCGUGCGCAUCCGGCAGCUGGAGUUCCUGCAGCCGCUGGCCGAGGACCCCCGGCUGGACCUGCGCGUCAUCCAGCUGGUGCGCGACCCGCGCGCCGUGCUGGCCUCCCGCAUGGUGGCCUUUGCUGGCAAGUACGAGGGCUGGAAGAAGUGGCUGGCCCAGGGCCAGGCGCGGCUGGGCGAGGAGGAGGUGCAGCGGCUGCGGGGCCACUGCGAGAGCAUCCGGCUGUCGGCCGAGCUGGGCCUGCGGCAGCCCGCCUGGCUGCGCGGCCGCUACAUGCUGGUGCGCUACGAGGACGUGGCGCGCUGGCCGCUGCAGAAGGCCCGCGAGAUGUACCGCUUCGCCGGCAUCCCGCUGACGGCGCAGGUGGAGGACUGGAUCCGCCGGAACACGCAGGCGGCCCGGGACGGCAGCGGCGUCUACUCCACGCAGAAGAACUCCUCGGAGCAGUUCGAGAAGUGGCGCUUCGGCAUGCCCUUCAAGCUGGCGCAGGUGGUGCAGGCCGCCUGCGCCCCGGCCAUGCGCCUCUUCGGCUACCGGCUGGCGCGGGACGCCGCCUCGCUCACCAACCGCUCGGUCAGCCUGCUGGAGGAGCGCGGAACCUUCUGGGUCACGUAGGGGGGCCGGGGCGGCCCGCGGCAGCGCGCGCGCCCCUCCUUGUGAAAGGCCCACCCCGCCUUCCUCGCACCCCCUCCGCAGGCGGU